AUGAGCGAGUCAUAUGGCCCUCUUAUCCGGCUCUGGGGCAUUCAUCCUUCUAAGCUUCCGGAUGUAGGGUGUCGGUCUAAAGAGCUAAAGGUGCUACUCACUUCAAUCCUUCUCGAAGCUGUUCCGUUUAUACAAACGGUCCCUUCUGAGAUUCCCUCCGUGGAGCCUGCCACAGAGCUCCGCUCCACAAAUGAACUAUGGAAACACAAGACAAGCAAGACGUACGACGGUUCUACAGCCCCUGUUCAUGUAUUCGAACGUACCGUAGACGCCGAGACUCUGGGCAUUGUCGCCCAGAAGAACCCCGGCCUUGGCGUCUCCCCUGAUAAAGCGCAGUCGGAGCUCUGGGCACUACGACGAAGCACUCACAAGCCAAAGAAAGAGAAAGGCACAGCAGAUUGGGAUGAGUUUGUGAGAUGUUUCAAAGAGAAGCACGCUGAGGCGGAGAAGCUCUUCACCCCGGGCGUUACAAGCUUCAAGAGACUACACGAGUGGGAUUGCUCAGGCAUUGAGGUCCAGCUUGAUGACGACGUUUGGGUUGACUGGACUCUCCGUCGUGAAGAAUCUGUCCAUGAUCUCCCUGGCCCACUGUCUAAGCGUGUUUUCCCAGUCCUCCAAGCUACAGCUGCUGUGCGAGGCCGCAAAGAGUUUAUCGUCAUUCAGAUCGCUAUUCGAGCCAGCGAUGAUACGACGGAUGUAGCUGUGCACGAAGGCCCCGUCCGAGCAGCCUACUCUAGUAUCGAGAGGGUCAGAGAGUUGGAAGAUGGGCACUUGGAGUGGGUGAUGGGGACGGUAUCUGAUGCGAAGGGGUUGGUGCCUAUGUGGGCGCAAAAGUUGGGCUUGCCUGGAGCCGUGGCUAAGGAUGUAGGCAGUUUUAUGCAAUGGAUUGGUGAGGAGAGACUGAAGGGUAAAGAUGCUGAAGUUAUUGGCGAUCUGGAGGAGUAA